CAAUCAGUUCAGUUCGUUGUUGUCCAAUUCGUAGUUUCUUAUUCUCAAUACGAUUGUCUGCCUGCAAUUAACCACUGAGUCUUUGUUUCGAAAAAACGGUUUUAAUGCGACGCUUUGCUUUUAAUUGCAGCAAUUUGUAAUUAUGCAGCCUCAUUGUUCGUCGUGAUUUUUAAUGUGUAUAUUCAGAGUCAAAUGCAUACAUACUAUGCAUCCAUAUAUACAUGUUCGAGUGCUAAAUAAAUUAUUGGAGUUUUAUUGUGGUUAUAAAGUAAAGUUUCUAUAAAGAAUAUUAUCGCCUCUUAAAUGCCACGCAACAGUGAAUAUUUAUAAAUAAACAUGURUGUAGUGCAAUCGCAUUUGGCAAAAGCGAAUAAUUAGUAAAAAAGUUGUACACAAUUUGUAGUUGAAUAAAGAAAACACAGAACGUUUGCAAAAAAUAUUAUCGCUCGCUAUUUUUUAAAAAUAUCGCAUGCGACAAUGGGCAUACUAAUGAUUGCAAAUGACAACAAUACUUCUCCCACAACGCCUCAAACUUCGCCCAGUGAUCAUCAUUCCCCGCAAACGCAAUUUCAUAGCCCAUUGACACGCCAAGCGUACAGCAGCCACCUGCCUUUUGGUCAGACAACUGUGUUAGAACAACAACAACAACAACAACUCUCCACAAAAAUGUAUCACUCCAGCGCCGGUUACCCGGAUCUGACGGGUGGUGCGGCUGGCAACGGCGGCUAUCAUCAUCAARCAGCUAUGAAUGCGCCCGUCUAUGUGCCCUCGAACCGCGCGCUCACACAGAGCCAGUACAAUCAUGUGGCUACACAUUUUGGCACGGCCGCUGCACAAAACGCCUGGACAACAGACAGUUUUGGCACAGCGCAUGCGCAACUGCCGGCACAAUUUUAUACGAUGGGCUCUUGGCGUGCUGCCUACGAUCCGACCGGCUUUCAGCGUUCGUCACCCUAUGAGAAUGCGAUUGAUUUUCAGUUUGGUGAGGGACGCGAAUGUGUAAAUUGCGGCGCGAUUAGUACACCGCUAUGGCGACGUGACGGCACCGGUCACUAUCUGUGCAACGCUUGCGGUCUCUAUCAUAAAAUGAACGGCAUGAAUAGACCGCUUAUCAAGCCGAGCAAGCGACUGAUUUUAUCCUUGCAGACGGCAACUCGACGGCUGGGCUUGUGCUGUACGAAUUGCGGCACACGCACCACAACGCUUUGGCGCCGCAACAAUGAAGGCGAACCAGUGUGUAAUGCCUGUGGCCUUUACUUCAAGUUGCACGGUGUCAAUCGACCACUAGCAAUGCGAAAGGAUGGCAUACAGACACGCAAACGAAAGCCGAAAAAGUCAAAUAGCUCGACGGAUGGAGCGAAAGAUAGCAAAGAAGAUGAUUUGAAAACUUCGCUCGCCUUAGAGCGCCACAGUUUGCCCUCAUCGRUGGCGCUCUCUGCCAAACUGCAGUCCGAUAUGGCACUUAAAGGCAACAACAGUCUCAACAACACAAUUAGCAGUAUGAAUAGCAGCAACUCCUUGCAUAACAUCAGUCUGAAUGCCAUCAACAGUUCGCCAUCCUCCAGCGGUUCAUUGCACAAUCCGCUUAGCCAUCACAUGCAUUUGCCCUCAGCAGCCGCACAACAGUCCCGCCAUUCAACCAUUUCACACACACACUCACAUGCGCUCUCCUCCACCAGCAAUACACCCACCGUACACUCAGCCAGCACUGCGUCAUCUCUAAGCGCGCACAUGUAUUCGCCGCAAAGUAACGCGAGUGCUGCGCAACUGUCCAGCACAAGUUUCGGCUCACACGUUAUCUCCAAGUAUGAGCACCUGCUUUCGUCUAGCGGCAGCGCUAGUGGCGCGGCUGGUGUCAACAGCAGCAUUGGAAAUCUCAACAAUUCCUCCACUAGCGCUGUCUCGCUAUCCAAUGGCAUUGCYACCAGCACGCCCAGCCCGAAUUAUCAUCACUCAGCCGCGGCGGCGGCGCAUCUGCAUCACCACCAUCAUCAUCACCACCCAACCGCGUCGGCGGCGCAUCAUGCCGCGUCACAUCAUSCGGGUACACAUCAYUCGGCGGCCGCAUUGGGCCAACACAGCGGCAGCUCACAYAUCAGUUCGGCUGAUGGUAAURCGGCUGUUGGCGGUUACAGCGUCAAAUCGGAAGCCAAUGCCAGCAAUUAUGAUUAUGUGAGUAACUGCUACUUUGGUGGUUCUUUUCCGCCAUUGAGCGCCUCCAGCGCUGCGUCGGCUGCCGGCGGCGGCAUGAGCAUGGGCAUGGGUAUGGGCGUGGGCAUGGGUGUUGGCAUGCAUGGGAUGCACGGCUCAACGGGCGAACUGGCGAGCUACCACCAUCAUCAGCACAAUGUCAUACAGGCGGCCAAGUUAAUGGCCACAUCGUAAAUGUAUGUAUAUGGGAUGUGUAUGUGGAAUGUAUGGUUUCUCAACAGCGUGGACUUUACGCGUCCUCAGUAGGAGAUCUGGCAAGUUUCAUGUAAUGUAUUGUUUGCA